GCAGUAUCAUUACGGCUGUCGGGACAUGCUAACACGUGUUCGUGGUGUGUAGCCGUCUUUACGUAUCGAGAACAACUUCAGGAUGCUGUAUUCAUCACUACCCGUGUGCUUGCUGUUGAUCGGCGUGGCCUUCUGCGCGCCAGAACAAAUCCAGAGUGAACCGGAGACCCCAACACACGAGGACCCCAGCACGAACAAUAUAGAAUACACUGCAUCACUGGAGAAGAGGUCGCCCCAUUAUGACUUUGGACUUGGAAAGCGAGCCUACAGUUACGUGUCAGAGUACAAACGACUUCCAGUCUACAACUUUGGAUUAGGGAAAAGGUCCAGACCUUACUCUUUUGGACUGGGAAAGCGGUCGGUGGACGAAGACCAAAUAUCCGAAUUCAACAAUGAUGUAGACCAAACUGAUCUUGCCGCGUUCUUGGAUCAAUAUGAUGAUGCACCAGUGUACGAAGAGAAACGCGCUCGGCCGUACAGUUUCGGCCUUGGCAAACGGAACGCCGAGAACGACAUUUCCGAGGAGAAACGCGGCCGAAUGUACGACUUCGGUCUCGGAAAACGUCUUCCCAUGUACAGUUUCGGCCUUGGCAAACGAGCAAGGAGCUACAAUUUCGGCCUCGGCAAACGGCUAAGUAGCAAAUUCAAUUUCGGCCUCGGCAAACGCGAAAGGGACCUGCAUCGCUUCAAUUUCGGCCUCGGCAAGCGGUCGGCCGACGAUACUUCGAACGACGACAGUGUUAAUUAUUUUGAUGUUUAAAUAAAUAUCAAUUUUAGUUUAACAAUUUUUAUGUGAGAAUUUACGUGGGAUAAUCUUUUUUUUUUAAUAUUCUAAUUUAAUUGGUAAACUUACGACCCACCCGAUGGGGAAUAAACAUUUUGCGAAACUUACUGUUUUUAUUCCCGUAUGCAAAGUUCCAAGAACGCUAGAUUCUAGAAAAUUAAGUCUAAAGUAAUUUAUUGAAGCUUUAUAAAGUCAAAUCAUAGUCAAUUUUAAAGUUAAAUAGUUAUUUUUAUAUAUUUUGUGAAAAUGCCAGCCAAUUUUCACAAGAUUUAAUAAAAAUAUCUUAUAAAACUUACCAAUAAAUAUAAAUAAAUUAUUUUAAUUUUUUUAAUUUCCACGUAAUUUUUCAUACAAUUAAUUAUAAAUACUAUACUUACAAAAUCUUGGACUGGACAAAUUCAUUCAAUUAUUUUACAUAAAAUAAGUAUUUUUAAGCGCUAAUUAUUAUCAAAACAGAUUUAAUAUUUUUAUGAAAUAUUUCAAUUAAUAUAAUAAUUGUGGAAUAUUCGUUUUUAAAUAAUGUCAUAAUUAUUUAGUUUAUCAAUGUUACAGUACUGUAUACUUUUUUAUCAUGAGAAGUUUAAAAGCUUUGAACAAACCGAUCUUCAGAGUUUGUAUUUAACAGUAGUUUAUAUUAAUUUUGUAAAAUAUUGUUGUUAAACGUUUGUAGUUAUUUAUGUAAAAGUUAAUGAAUAAUAGAUAGUUAACCUUUAAAGAUUGUAUUGAAAAUUAUGGGGUUGCGAUUACGAACCGAGAGAUUAUAAGAUAUUUAAAUUUACUUAAUAUCUUACAUAUACAUUUUAUCUAUUUAUAUUCGUAUUUUUUCUUAGAUUUUUAAGUUUAUAUAUUACUUACAAAAUGGUUAACAAAACCAAAUGAUUUUGUAAUCGAAACGAAAAAAAACGAAAUUAUUAUAAAAAUAAACAGUGCAUACUUCUAUAUGUUUAUUAGAAUAAUAUGAUUAUUUAAUUACUGUGAUUUAUUACAAUUAUCCAAUUUCUCAAUUAAAAAUAUGCUCUAAACAUCUGUCAUAAGGUAGAAUACUAUAUGUCGUUGAGAUAUCGUUGUUAUUAAAUGAAUAUCUGACGUCAGUUAAUUAAUUUUUUAAUUAUUAAUUAUAAUAUUUACAAAACAAUAUUUUUAUUAAUUAUCCGAAAUAUUUGUAUGCAUUAUUAUUUAUUUAUAUAAAAGUCAAAAUAGUUUAAGCUUAAUUAUAUAAAUUUUGUAAAAAUACAAGCUAAUAUCGAUUUGUGAGCCCCAAAAGAAUCAAAACUUGUAUGCAACUCAUUCUAGUCAAGCCGAUCUCGAAUUACUCUAAACGAAUCGCAACUCUCGUCUAAUUAAUAUAUAAAACAAUUAAAUAUAAAUUUGUUUAAUAAUUAAAAAAUGUGUUGUUUUGAAUAUAAUCAGUAAGGUCAAAUUAAAAUAUAUAAGUCAUAGAGAAAUUGCAUCAUUG